AUGUUCGCCGCCGCUGGCACAGCGGCGACGGAGCACCAGCAGCAGCACCAGCAGCAGCAGCAGCAGCACCAGCAGCAGCAGCAGCAGCAGCAGCAGCAGCAGCAGCAGCAGCAGCACCUGCAGCAGGCGAGCCCGACGGCGGCACGGGCGUUAGACACCUGCAGCAGCGUGGGCACGUGCAGCGAUGACGACGCGCCCUCGGCCCCCAGCAGCGGCAACCUCAGCGCGGCUGCGGCGGCGGCGGCUGCGGCGGCAGCGGCGGCCAGCGCGAGUGCAAGUGCAGCGCCGUCGACGCCCGCGGGGGAGUCGCGGUGCGUGUCGUUUGCAGCGGCGGGGUGCGGCAGCGGCGGCGGCAGCAGCAGGCGGGCGUCGCUCCUGAGCGACCUGGCGCGCGCGAGCCGGCGGGGAUCGCAGGCGGACGGCGGCAGCCCCACCUCCGGCCGGCAGGAGGAGGAGGAGGCGCCACCCCCCUGGUGGUGUUCCAGCUGGUCGUACGGCGUCCACCAGGAGCAGAACCGGCGGCGCCACAUGGAGGACCGCCUGGCGGCGCGCGACGUGGCGGGCAUGGCGGCCUUUGCCGCGUUCAAGCGCGCGGGGUUCUUUGCCGUGUACGACGGCCACUCUGGCGCGGAAGCUGCCCAGUACCUGCAGGACCACCUGCUGCAGUACCUGUCAGAGGUGCCCCCCGCCGCCCUCGCCGCCGCCCCCGGCGCUGCCCUCGGCGCCGCCGUCGAGCGCGCCGAGUCCGAGAUCCUCCGCCUGUUUUCCGCCGCGGCCUGCAACGCCGGCAGCACGCUGCUGGCCGCGCUGCUGCUGGACGACAAGCUGCACGUGGCCAACGUGGGCGACAGCCGCGCGGUGCUGGCGCGGGGCGCCGACGCGAUCCAGAUCACGACGGACCACAAGCCGUGCGACGAGGCCGAGGCGGCGCGCAUCGCGCGCGAGCACGGGCUGGCGUCGCCCACCUGGACGGACGCGAGCGGCGGCGACGCAGACGAUGUCAGCAGCGGCGGCGGCGGCGGGCCCGAGGCGCCGCUGCCUCCGGCCGCCGCGGCGGCGGUGGCGGCGGGCGGGUCGGUGGUCUCGAGCGACGGCUACCUGUACGGCGAGCUCGCCGUCGCGCGCGCGAUCGGCAGCCAGCACCUGAAGCGCGACCCCACCAAGCGCGCGUUCACGCACCACCCGGACAUCCAUAGCGUCCAACUGGCGCGGGAGGACGACAUGCUGCUGCUGGCCACCGACGGGCUGUGGGACAAGGUCGACAACUCGGAGGCGGUCACGGCGGCGCGGCGGUGCCUCGCGCGGGAGAAGGACGCGGGCGCGUGCGCACGGGUGCUGGCGGACCGCGCGGUGCGGCACGAGAGCUUGGAUAAUAUCUCGGUGGUGGUGGUGUGCCUGCACGACCGCGGCGUGUCGCUGCCCAAGACCAACAGCAUGCUGUUCCGCCGGCUGCAGGCCGGCAGCGGCUGCGCCGCGGGCGGCGGCGGCGGCGGCAGCGGCGGCGGCGGGGGCUGCGGCGCCGACGGAGCCAGCAGGCCGGCGACGCCUGGGGGGAGUGGGGGCGCGACGCCGGCGCCGGCGGGGUCGCCGAGCGGGGCGGGGCCGGGGUCGCGGUGCGAGACGCCGCCGUGCUAG